AUGCUCAGGCGAUCGUCUAACUCAUCAAUCUUGCCUCCCAGAUACUCGAUGUCGGGCGACGACGACCACGGCUACUCCAUGCUGCAUCGCGCCACGGAGAUGGCCGAGGCACUGGGGAUUAUCAAUAGUCCGCGGCUCAACCUUGACCCGUCGCGAAUGUCGGAGGACAUGAUUACCUCAAUCAAACGAACCGCCUGGGGUUUAUUCCAGAUCGACACUGUGGUUCACGCGAAUUUCUUGCGACCCAGCCGCGUAUUCGAAGUGAGCGUCAUUCCGAUAGACCGCGAGGAGAACGACGAGAUGGAUGUCUGGGCCCCGUAUCCGAUCAGUCAACGGGGUCGGGCGUCGUGGUUGAGCCAGUACUUCGACGAGGCCUGCCGGCUCUCCGUCAUUGCGCGAGAUAUCUCGCGCGGUUUGGAGGCGCACUCCGAGCCAGAUCCCGAUCUCCGGCCACACAAACGGGCACUCUACGACAGGCUUCGCCGAUGGGAGGAAGAACUGCCCCCCGAGUUUGCGCCCGCCCAGAAACCGGCGUCUCACAUACUUCUUCUCCGGAUGCGAUAUCACGCCCUGCUGAUCAACCUGCUGCUCAACGGGUUAGGUGGCAGCCUCCCCUUUCAUCCGCCCCAUCUGCGGAAGCCUCGGGAACAGUCCGACACGGCCCUCAGUGCGGAGGCCUGGGACACGGCACUCUCGUCGGCUCGCGAGAUCGCCAGCCUCGUUCGGCUACAUCGCGAGGAAUUCGGCAUUGUUCGGGCCCACCAGUACAUCAUGUAUACGAUCAUGUUAGCCUUGUUCACUCUGCUGGAGCACCCCUCGUUCGAGCUUCUGGACCCCGACUUCCUGUCCCUGACCAGCUCCCUAUCCGUCGUGACCAGUUGCUCCCGCGUCGGAAAGAAUCUUUGGCGCAUCUUCCGUCAGUCCGUGCGCGCCCGGGUUCGAGAUCAGGCAGUCGUCGACGCGGGCGACUCAUCGGGAAGACGGUCGUUGUCGCAGAGCUCCUCGUUGGCCACGGAUCGAUGGGAUCACUAUGCCGAGGCGCUGCGAAAGCUGGCCGAUAACGACGGCUCCGAAGAGAGCCCGUCGAACUACGUGGCCACGAGCAUUGGGAAUAUGCUAGGCAUGUUCGAGACUCUCAGUCUGGGCAAUCAAGAAGACAUACAGGCCCGAGAAGAGUCCAGCGCCUUUCGCUUCUCGCCGUCAUGA